AUGACGCCGUGGACUGCGUUGAUCAUACUCAUCGUGUUCGUUGGUCUUUCCAAGGUCAUUUAUCGGUUAUGGCUUCAUCCUCUUUCCAAGUUUCCCGGCCCCAAGAUUGCAGCGGUCACUCAUCUCUAUGAGGUUGCUUGGGACUACUUUGGCAAAGGGGCAUAUCUCUACGAGAUUGAUCGAAUGCAUGCAAAGUACGGACCCAUUGUCCGGGUAAAUCCGGAGGAGCUUUCCAUCAAAGAUUCCGAAUAUUAUGACAAACUAUACGUUGGUGGAGCCAUUCGACGAACGAACGCGCACGCGAGUUUUGGAGAUGGCAUGGACUUCAAUGGCUCCCACGGGAUGACAGUUGAUCAUGACCAUCAUAGGCUGCGUCGGAAGCCCAUGGAGCCAUUUUUCUCGAAGACAGGGGUUACACGGCUAGAGCCUCGCCUUCAAGAACUUGUUGUGAUCUUAGUCCAGCGCCUGAAUGAACUCAAGGGUACGGGUCAAGUUGUCCGACUUGAUCAUGUAUUUACAGCUAUGGCGGGUGAUGCUGUCCAAACAAUUUGCGUUACACGCCCUGCAAUCUCGUUCCUCCGUCAUCCGGAUUUCAAUCCUGAUUGGUUCAACCUGUUUCAUACCCUAAUUCGCUCCAUGCCCCUUUUCAUGAACUUUGUUUCUAUCAUAAAAGUCGUGAGAUUGAUUCCUAAAUCUUUGUUGGUCCGGCUUGACCCGCGCAGCCAGAUGUUUCGUGAUUGGCGUAUUAUGUCGGUUGAGCACAUCAUCGAUGCUAAGAGGCGAAAGGAAAACGGGGGCGUAUUGGUUGACCCUGAAGACAAAAUGAAGUGCGAGACUCUCUUUGACCAUUUAGUGCACAGCGAUCUGCCCGAGUCCGAGCUUUCAACUGAGCGGUUGGCCUCAGAGGCGCAGGUCAUCAUGGGAGCAGGUACUGUUACGACAGCACGCACUAUGGAUUUUCUUGCGGUGCACAUUUUGUUAAACCGCGUCGUCCAUGAGCGACUACUGGAUGAACUCAGGGAACCCAUGAGAGAUUUCCCAGAACGGAUACCUAGCGUUGCCGAGUUAGAGCAACUUCCCUGGCUCCAAGCCUGCAUCAAGGAGGCUUUGCGUCUCAGCCCUGGUUUGACUCAUCGCUUACCGCGUGUCUCGCCUAAUGUAGAUUUGGUAUACAAGGAUUGGAUCAUACCAGCUGGGACGCCGGUAGGCAUGUCUGCGUGGUUCAUGCAUAUGGAUUCUGAAGUCUUCAAAGACCCUCAGCAGUAUCGCCCAGAACGAUGGCUUGGGGAUGUGACACCGCAGAUGCGCCGAAACUAUGUACCAUUCACCAAAGGCUCGCGGCGAUGUCUAGGAGUUGAUUUGGCGUACGCCGAAAUCAGCCUUGUAUUCGCAGCUCUGUUCAGUCCUCGAGCGCCACAAUUGAAGUUGUACGAGACCGACUCAUCCGACGCUGAUCCUGCAUGUGCUUUUCUCCUCCCAUUACCUCGGUUAGACAGCAAGGGCAUCAGAGUUACAAUAGAGGACCAGGCAGCCACAUAG